AUGGAUUUGAGGAGUGAUAUUCCAGAGGUACAUGAAGAGCAUCCAUCAAAAAAGCAGAAGUUUACAGAAAUUAAGAAUGAUGAUUUUGAGAAUAAAUUAACUGUUCCCAUUGCUCUGGAGCUUGGUCAAGAGUCGAGAGACCUCGAAUGUAAGCUAUCAAGUCUUCAAUGUGGAAGAAAAGAAACGCAAACUAAAAUGGCGCCUCAGUCAAACUCUUGCAAAAAUGUCUCGCCUCGACCAAAUGCGAUAUUGCCCAGCCAGCAAAAUGCCAGUGUAAAUGUUGUCUCUACACCCAUGGAAAUCUCAAAUCACCUACCACUCUCACCAGGAGUCCGACACGAUCUCGCAUGUCAUUUUCGAGUAUUUAGAGAAAUUUUAAGUAGGAUAUUUUCAGUCGAGAUUCAAGACCUGAGGAGGAGGAUGGCGAAGGUGAAGGUAGAAAGUAUACAUACGCUAGAGGAAGAGAUGUUGAGAUUACAGGGGGGAGUGAAGACGUCCAAAGAUCAGUUGAAUGAGCUAGAAAUGGAGUUGAAGCGCACUUUCGAGACUAUGGUCAUGAUUGGAGUAGAUAUAUCGGAAGCGGAAAAUGAUUCCUCAAACACAUGCGGGGAAAGUAUGCCAACGCUUGUGCUUUUAGAGAAGACGGAUAACUCUAGUGCAGAGCUGCUGGAAGAAGAAAUUAAGAGAUUGAAGAGUGAAAAUAUUAGACUUGGAGAGAAGGUGCAGAAGUUGGAGGAAGAAAGCGUGGAUUUCAAAACGUAUGGUUUUCAGAGUGUUCCGAUAAAAUUCUUCACUUCAGACCCGAAAUUAGAUCCCCAGUAA